AAUCAAAAAUAUAUAAAAUCGGAACCGGGGCAGAGAGUCUAUUUAGCAAAGUCACACUUGCACCAAUCUGCAGUCCUCAACGAUCUUUACUCAUCACAAAAAUAUAAAUACUUGUCGCUGCUAUGAAUAUCCUGAAAACCUUUGUCGUACUCGUCAUUAUCGUAGGGGUCUACGCUGAAGACGAUCCCCGCUGUCCAGAAAACUGUGAAUACCAGCCAGUUGCCUGCGAAUGCGCUGUGUUCUUCCAAUGUCGUGACGGCGUCUACUCUGAGUACCGCUGUCCGAAUGGUCUCCACUUUAACGCCGCCACCAAGGCCUGUGACCGAAUUGAGAAUGCUGCAUGUUCCUUGGAGCCUGAAUUUUGCUGUGAAUGUAAGCAUAUAGGAGAGCCUUGCAAAAAGGACUAUAUUUUCCAGGACUACGACCGCUCCGUCCAAUAUACCGGGGAUGAAAAUUGUCUGAGGGAGACUCGCACGUGUGGACACGGAUUAGUAUGGAACCCAAAUGCAAAUGAUGUCGGAGGAAGCUGUGAUUUUACUCACAACAUUCCAAAUUGCAGAAACAAUACUAUUCAACUUUAAUUUGUAUCAAAUAUCAUUUGAAUCAAAUCGCUUAAAAAUGUAGUUUAUUUAUUGUGUGUUACAAAAAAGUAUGCAGUUCAUCGGAGCUGUUAUUUAUAAAUAUAUAUCCAUAUCUGCAUAAUCGAAAUUAUAUCUUGUUUGACUCCAACAUGCAUGGCACCGGGCACGGUUUUAGAUAUAUGUAUAUUUUAUUUUCAUAUAAUUUCGGAAAUUUUAUGUCUUAAAAAAUUUUCUGAAUGGGGCUUGCUGAGAUGGUGACGCAAGACGGCCGAGAUAAAUAUCAAUCUGAAUCUGAAUAUCAAAUCCUAGCUAUGCAUAAAUACAUAUUUAAGUUUGCCUUAUCAUAAAACACCACCACCAACCACCACUGAUGAUCCAUGUGUGCGUAUACGUUAUGUUAUAUGUAUGUACACUUUAGCUUGGAAUAGCCCGUGUUUUAUCCAAUGGCCGAAAUAUCUCUUCAUUUCUACUGUCCCAAUGUUCUAAUUCAAUAAUUUUGUAACCAAUUAACUCAUAAAGACAGCCAUAAAGAAAGUUUUCAAUUUUUUGCAACUUCUGUGGUUGAUUAUCUAAGACUCUAUCGAAUUUUGACUUCGCCGAAUUCGUAAAUAUGUGCAUAGUGCUUAAAUAAAACCCGUCGUUAAUUAUCCAUUCCUCAACUUGUCGAUCUGAAAAUGCGUGUUCUCAUUGUGGGUGGGGGAGGUUACAUUGGUUUCCACAUUGGUCUCGAACUGGCCUCACGCCAACAUGAAGUUACACUAUUUGAUCUGCAUCCCCCAAAUCCGGUCUGGUAUGACAAAUCCGAAACAUGCCCCCUUCCAUUUGUGACGGGGAGCAUUUUAUGUCUCCCCGAUUUGGAACAAGUUCUCUCCCUCUCUAAAGCAGAGGGUGUCAUCCAUUGUGCAGCGCAUGGAAUGUCCUCCAGAGAACAACUUCCAUCCGCUUCAUCGCUUACCGAGUCGAUCAAUAUUGAUGGAACAAGUCUACUCCUCAAGGUCUGCUCAGGACCAUCAUCUUCCGUCACGAGUUUAGUAUACACGUCAACUUUUAAUGUGGUUUUUGGCUGCGACGAGAUCAUCGGAGGUGACGAAAACCUUCCAUACUUCCCCCUUCAUCGACAUUGGGACAAUUACUCCAUCAGCAAAAGUGUGGCCGAGCGUCUGGUUCUUGCUUCGUCUGGAAAAAAUAAAAAGUUUCAUACGUGUUCUCUUCGCUUAGCGGGAGUGAUGGGAGUGGGAGAAACUCGUCACCUCCCACGAAUCGUAGCUUCUCUGCCCUUUCUCAAAUUCCGGUAUGGCAACGCUAAGGUACAAUUUGUGGGAAUAAAGAACGCUGUACAAGCUCAUGUAAAAGCGUUAGAAAAGUUGCACGAUGACCCUGAUGUGGUUGGAGGAGAGGCAUAUUUUAUCAGUGACGGGAAACCGAUUGAACAUUGGGAGUACUUCAGACCCUUAAUUGAAGGUUUAGGAUAUACAUAUCCCAAAUGGGUAUUGCCAGUUGGACUCAUGUGGAUUUUUGUACUUUUGGGACAAUUCUUUUUAAGAGUGUUUGGGGAAAUAUGGGGGGCUGGAAGAGGAUUAUUUCUGUCGCCGGCAGAACUGCUGAAAACGUCGGUGACACACUGGUUUUCGAUUGAUAAAGCAAAACAGCAUUUUGGUUAUGCACCAGAAGAUGUAAAUGAUUUAAGUGGUGUGCUACAUGAAUAUAGGAGAAAAAUGGGGCUGUCCCCACUCCUAAAAUUUAGGAAAAAUGAUACUUAAAGGAAGAUUAUAUCAGUAAUGUCUCUUGUUUCUUUUAAGUAUGAUGCGUUCAGUUUUGUAUUUUUCCAUUAAAAGUAAUAAAAUAUUUGUGAGAGAAGCAUUGUACAAUGUACAUCCUUCUGGACCUCAUAUCACCUCCAGCCUAUGACAACUUUGAUUGACGUGUGAGUUAUCUCAAGUAGGAAAAUAACAGACGAACUGAGGAUGAGUUUUCAUUGUGUAUUGUAUGUAGAAAAUGCUGACAGCAACACUUUUCCCUCUGACUGUUACAACAACCACAGUUUAACUUUCUCAGCCUUAGAAACUAUUGGUUUGUGGACUGGGUUUUAUCAAUUGUGUUACGAAUCACUGGAUGCUGAACUGGACAAAACAGCUAUUAUAGAGAUUCAUAUGUAUGUAUAUAUUGUCAGUAAUCCAUAAUUAGACUUUGACCUUGACUGGUCUCUCUCAAAAUUAUCAGUUCAUGCAAUAGCCUCAUCCUUCCUCGACUGAUUUUAUUGAUGUAUUGUUAUGGUAUGAGGUUGAUGUAAAGAACCUACUGAACUGGUCACACACCCACUUUCAUCACUCAAAUAAACAAAUUCACUUUCAAUCAAAAAUUAAAUAAUCGAUAAUCACUUAUAACUUAUCAGCUAUCAAAGAGUUUCCAUUAAAUCAUUAACGUACAUAUUUAUAUGCAUGCAUCUAUGUGCAUACAUACAUAUGCCAAAAAUCAUUAACUGCAUAACACCAUUGACUAGCACAAGCUGUAUUACCUUUGAUGGUUUGGAAUUAGACUGGUCAUAGCAUACUAGACAUAAAUCUCUUGAUUUUAACUCUAAAGAAAGUGAUUAAAGUAAAACUUAAAAAUGUUUGGCGUGCAACGAACGAAUCGUGGCGGUCAUCUUGUCCUUGACACGGUUGACAGACCACUUACUCGGGUGGAACUACACGUACAUAUUGAUGGAUCCAUACGGCAUGAAACAGUGUAUGAAAUUGCAAAAGAAAAGAAAUUACGCCUCCCAGGUCGUGGCACCUUUGAAGAACUUGUGGAUUACCUCGUGGUUAAGAGUCCUACUGAUUUGUGUGGAUUUUUAUCCAGAUUUGACAUCGUUCUUGCUUGCCUCAAGGGAGACCUUGUUUCGAUUCAACGUCUCGGCUAUGAAUUUGUAGAGGAUUGUUCCAAGCAUGGGAUUAUUUAUGCGGAAGCCAGAUUCUGUCCACACAUACUGAUUCCCGACGAUAUUAUCGCUGAACAGAAAAGUCUGGGCGAGUCAACCCCAUCCAGUAAAAAAUGGGUAUGGGAUGUUGCGUCUGCUCUCAUCAAAGGUUUGCGACAAGGUCGGACCGAAUUUGGAUGUCACGUAAAUCUAAUUGCAACCUGCAUCAGGGGAAUGACGCCUGUCUGGUAUACGGAAACGAUUGAACUUUUACUCGAUAAGAAUUUUCAUGGCGGGUAUAUUGCCGGGUUGGAUAUUGCGGCGUUACCAGAAACAGCGUGUGAGUCACACAUGAUUGAAAAAGAAGCUCUGGAUCUUUUUGAUAUGGCUGUGAAACAUGGAAUUCACCGCACCGUUCAUGCUGGUGAAUCUGGUGGAGCAUUUCAAGUGAUGAACGCACUCGACUUACUUCACGCAGAAAGGAUUGGUCAUGGAUAUCGGAUCGUGGAGGAUGCUUCAGUUUACAAUAGAGUCAAACAAGCCAAUAUACAUUUAGAGUGCUGUCCGUGGUCCAGUUUACUCACUGGAGCAGUUAGUCUUGGGACGCAUCCUCAUCCCAUUGUCAAAUUCUUCCAGGAUGGUUUCAACCUCUCGAUAAACACUGACGACCCCACAAUGACUGGGACUAGGUUGGAUGACGAGUUCAAGCUUUUGUCAAACUGGGGAUUAUGUGAGGCUCAUUUUGUGCGUGCCAGUUUUAAUGCUGCUCGAUCGUGCUUUCUUCCGGAAGGAGAGAAAAAAGAUUUAAUACAAAAAUUGGGCAAGAAUUAUGGAGCAAUUCUUCUCUAAGCUGUGCAUUUGUACACAUGACUAUAAUUGCUUUUAAUUCCUUAUGCAUCCUUUUAUUGAAAUAAAAUUUUAUUGUGACAAAAUAUUUACAAUAA